AUGACUAACAGUUUUGCGAAAAGGUUGAAAUUCCGAGAGUCACCUACUUUUCUGAAGGUUCAAGGUAUUGGUAACGGCAGCAUUACGUCAAACAAGUACGUUAAUGCCAACAUUCAACCGCGCCUACCUUCAAUAUCGUCAUUUGUUGAGAAUAUACAGUUCUACGUGCUACCACGGAUUACAAGAACGCUGCCGAUUAGUCCAGUCGAAAUCAAUUUCAGCCAUCUGUCUAGCGACCUUGUACUAGCGGAUCCAUCGUAUGGUAAACCGGGACCGAUUGAUAUGGUAAUUGGUGCUGAAGUAUAUUAUGACUUACUCGAAGCAGGCAAAAAGAGGUUAAGCGAAAGUGGCCCAACAUUGCAAGAAACUGUUUUUGGGUGGGUUAUCUCCGGACGAGUAUCUGAUCAAGCUCCCAGUCCAUUAACGACUACCUACGUUAGUUCCACUGUGGAUCUCCAAGAGUUAAUCGCUAGGUUAGAGGCCUGCAAGGUCAACAGCACUCACUCACUUGAAGAGACUGCAUGCGAAGAACUGUUUGAGCGCACUACCAUCCGCGAUGCUGAAGGGAAAUUUGUAGUAACACUGCCAAAACGGAAGUUAGAGAUUGUGGAGCUAGGAGAAUCGAGAGGCAUUGCGCAAAAGCGGUUUGCUAGUUUGGAGAGAAAACUCGACGCUAAUCCAGAAUUGAAGGCGAUGUAUGUUGAAUUCAUCCAUGAAUACCUGCUGUUGGGACAUAUGAAAGAAGUGGACGAUGAACUAUGCCAGGAGCCUGUAUACUAUUUGCCUCACCAUGCAGUAAUAAAGCCGGAGAGUACCACGACGAAGCUCCGUGUAGUUUUUGACGGUUCGUGUCGCACGUCAACCGGUGUCUCUUUGAACGAUGCGCUGAUGGUAGGGCCGGUCGUUCAGGACGACUUGUUCUCGAUUAUUUCCCGUUUCCGCUUCCAUCGCUUCGCUCUCGUUGCCGAUGUGGCCAAAAUGUACCGAAUGGUACGAGUUCAACCGCCAGAUCAACAUCUACAAAGGAUUUUAUGGAGAAAUUGUACAGAUCAACCCUUAAAAUCAUAUCAACUCACCACUGUCACAUAUGGAACUGCUAGUGCGCCGUAUCUCGCUACAAAAUGUCUUACGAAGCUGGGAGAACAUCGCCAGUCGUCACAUCCGCUCGCCUCCCGGGUAAUUCGAAAGGACUUUUAUGUCGAUGACAUGCUAUCGGGAGCUGACAGUAUCAAGGAAGCAAAUCAGCUGAUUGCAGAGGUGACGGAAGUAACAAAUUCUGCUGGGUUCACUCUCAAGAAGUGGAACUCAAAUGCUACUAAAUUACUGGCGAAACUUCCGAAACACCUACGUGAUGAUCGAUCUGCUCUGGAAUUCAACUCCUCUGAUUCCACGAUUAAGACGUUGGGACUACGAUGGGACACGUGUGCGGAUAGUUUUUGCUUCACUUUUCCGCAGUGGAGGUCUACCGCAUCAGCUAUCACCAAGCGAAGUGUUCAUUCCGAUGCUGCAUGCCUAUUUGAUCCAUUAGGACUGGUAGGACCAGUAGUAUUGCAGGCGAAGAUAUUUAUUCAGCAAUUGUGGCGAUUGAAGUGCCAUUGGGAUGAUCCGUUGGAUAAGCAGCUUCAGGCAAUAUGGCGCGAAUACAAGCAAAAUUUGUUGGCGUUGGAAUCUUUAUCCGUACCGCGUUGGAUCGGUUGCAGCCGUGAUUGGGCUCAGAUCCAGUUGCAUGGUUUCUGCGAUGCCCCCGAAGUUGCAUGCGGAGCAUGUUUGUAUAUACGGUGCAUAUCAUCAGAUGGAACAGUCUCGGUUUGCCUUGUUUUGUCGAAGUCCAGAGUUGCACCACUGGAAAACCUCAAAGCAAAGAAAAAGAAAAUAAGCAUCCCCAGUUUAGAAUUAUCUUCCGCCCUCCUGCUCAGCCACCUGUACGAGAGGUUUUUACGAAUUGCACCAGUUAAAAUCUCGUUCUUUUGGACAGACUCCAUGAUUGUCAAACACUGGCUGGCAUCACAGCCUUCCAGAUGGCAAAUUUUCAUUGCGAAUCGCGUAUCCGAGAUUCAACAUCUCACUAAAGAUGGCGCUUGGAAUCAUGUACCAGGUAUCGAGGACCCAGCAGACUUAAUCUCGCGAGGAAUGUCACCUGUCCAGUUGCAGUACCAACGGCUUUGGUUUGAGGGCCCGUGUUGGUUGUGUCAAGCUUCAAAUUGUUGGCCUCAAGACGUGGAAGGGACCCCUGCAGAGAUCGAGCCUGAGCUUCUAGAAGAACGAGCUACGUCCGCAUUCCCAACUCAAGUAUUUCAACUGAGUGAAAUUUUCAGCCUCAGAUCGUCGUACACAGAGCUCGUCCGAUUGGUAGCGUGGCUAUUGCGCUUCAGGCAUAAUUCUCAAGUCUGUCACCGACAACAUAGAAGGUUGGGAAAUCUUACGUACGGAGAGAUUGAGCAAGCCACACUUGCACUAGUGCGCUUGUCCCAGCAGGAAUGUUAUUCAGCUGAGCUACGAUGCUUGGAAAAGCAUGGCCAUGUUCAAGAAGGUUCUUCACUUCGAAGCCUGCAUCCGCAAAUGUCAAAUAACAAUGUGAUGUGUGUCGGCGGGCGAUUAUCCCACGCGUCCGUUCCAGAGUCUAGAAAGCAUCCAUUCAUCUUACACCACCAUCAUCCAUUAGCUACGUUAGUCAUGCGGCACUACCAUUUACGUUUGUUUCACGCUGGACAACAAUUGUUAGUUGCAUCUGUCCGAGAAAGAUUUUGGCCAACUGCUAUUCACAGCUUAGCCAGGAGAAUCAUCCAUGAGUGUGUCGAUUGCUUCAAGAACAAACCAAGGAUCUUAGAACAGCUUAUGGCUGAUCUCCCACCAGAACGAGUAACACCGUCAUCGCCAUUCUUAAAAGCUGGAGUAGACUACUGUGGCCCAUUCAUGAUCAGUUAUCCUAACCGUCGUGCCAGGCUAGUGAAAUGCUAUGUGGCAAUAUUUGUCUGUCUAGCUGUGAAGGCAGUCCAUUUAGAACUCGUAACUGACCUGACUACUGAGGCGUUUCUUGCAGCGCUAAAACGGUUUGUCGCUCGACGCAGGAAACCUCAACUUAUAAUGUGCGACAACGCUACUACGUUUGUUGGUGCCAAGAGAGAGUUGGCCGAGCUUCACCAUCUGUUUCGCAGCCAGCAGUUCCAAGAUUCAAUCGCAAAGCAAGCAGUAAAGGACGAUAUUGACUUACGGUUCAUUCCCCCUCGCUCACCAAACUUUGGUGGACUUUGGGAGGCGCAAAAGAAGUCAUUUAAAAAUCACUUCAGAAAAACCAUCGGACUGAGAACUCUUAACAUCGAUGAAAUGCAAACAGCACUUGCACAGAUCGAGGCAGUGUUAAACUCGCGUCCAAUGACACCGGUUAGCAGCGAUCCUAAUGACUUCGAGGCACUGACGCCUGGGCACUUCUUAGUGCAUCGUCCACUCACCACAAUUCCAGAGCCUGAUUUACAAGAAAUCCCUAUUAACCGACUGUCAAUGUGGCAACGAGCCCAGAGUGUAACACAGCAACUGUGGAAAAAAUGGAGCACACAGUUUUUAUCUGAUCUUCACAAUCGCACCAAGUGGACUAAAAAACGCGACAAUGUAGCAGUAGGAACGAUGGUCCUGCUCAAGGAUGAUAAUGCACCACCACUCAAAUGGAAGUUAGCACGUGUAACCAAGAUCUUCGCCGGUACAGAUGGCAACAUCAGGGUGGUCACUGUACGUACCAAGGACGGUUGUUUCGACAGGGGAAUAUCGAAAAUUUGCGUCCUCCCAAUCCGAGACAACAUCCAGCAAUCAACAGCAGACGGCCACUAA